GUUCAUCAUCGCCAACACACACUACACCGGUUUAUUCAGUAGCGCAGGAGCGCUGCUGUGUGUGUGUGUGUGUGUGAACACUCUGACUUGGGCAUGGCGUUGUUGAUAAACGCCGCGGUGUGAAGCGCAGUCACUUCAGGUUUCCCCGAGAGAGCUGUAGGAUCAACAUGAAACACAUUUACAGCCUGUUGAUUUUCUGGAUUUGGGCUGGGAUCUCCGGUGGGAGCCGAACACAGCGUGAUGUUGCAUGCCACGAGGGCAGGGGUUACAUUUACAACGGCAUCUGCUGCAUCAACUGUCCGGCUGGUACGUUUGUAAAAGAUGGAUGCAGCAAAGAAAUGGAGAAAGGUGUGUGUCAGCCGUGCGACUUUGACUCCUACACUGAGCAUGACAAUGGACUUUUCAAGUGUCUGCAGUGCACCCAGUGUCGCUCAGACCAGGAGCUUGUAACACGCUGCAACAACACCAGUAACACACGUUGCCAGUGUAAACCGGGUUCCUUCUGUCUGCCGGAUCAAGCCUGUGAGGUCUGCAAGAUUUGUAUGAAAUGUAAGGAAGAUGAGGAAGUGGUGAACAGCUGCACAGCCAACUCAAACACCAUCUGCAGGAAAAAUGAGAAACUCUCCAGCAGAAAAUUGUCAGCGACAGUCAUCCCAGUCGUGGUUGUCGUAAUAAUAGUAAUAAUCAUGGUCAUCGGUUUCCUGUACUGGAGAACAUCAGCUGGAUGUAGAGAAGCCGUGGCACCAAGAUGGCUAAUGUGUAAAACAUGUAUAGAAAAUGAUGAUUUGGUGGAGGUGAAGCAGAACAGCAUGAAUUGCACACUGGAGGAAGGAGCACAGACGCAGCCCUUCCUCUGUCUGACUCAGUCGGUGGGUAAAGACACGGUAGAGGAUGAGGAGGACAAAGGGCUCGGCUCGAGCCUUCCCAACACCACGGCUUCAUCCCAGACCAGCCUGCCUGUGUGUGCAAUGUCAAACGUGUGCAGCUUCAGCCACUCACUGCCUCAGCAGCUUAACAAUCUGGAAAAUGACAAACUACGAAGGCUUGUUCCUGUAAAUGGAGAUGACUCUCUAAAGAAAAGCUUCGACCUUUUUGGAGAGAUGGACGUGACCUAUCACAACCGAUUCUUCAGGCUCCUUGGCCUGAGCGACAACGCCAUAAGGACCGCGGAAGUGUCCUGGUCUUCACCUGAGGACAGAGUGUAUGAGCUGCUGAAGAUCUGGAUGGAAAAAGAAGGCAUGACGGCGGAUUUCAACAGCCUCAUCGAUGUCCUGCUUACUCUGAACCAGAGGCUGUCAGCAGAAAACAUUGUGGCAAGAGCCAUCAAUAGCAGCUACUUCAGAUACGAAGAGGACUGAUAUCUAGGACAAGACCUCCCGCAGUGUUGUAUUGUUUAUACUAUUAUAUAUUAUUGUUUUCUACUGAAACACUGUUAGGGGAUAAACUGGACUUUUGGCCAUUUGAAUGUUAUUUAUUAUUUUUGUACUACAUUUCUUUAAAUUAUGUAUUAAUUGAUUUUCAUAUUUUUUUCCUUCUAUUUGCAGAUUUUUUUUUUGUUAUUUAAUAAUAAAUGUCCUAUUUGCAAAA